GUCACCCUAUAAAAAUAGCCAUGGCCCCUGUUCAUAUCACUGCCUCAAGAGAGCGAAACAGAAAAAAAGAAAAGAAAGUCUUCCAUCAGGUGCAAGCUGUGCAACUGAAAACAUGAAGACGACCUGCUGCCAAAUGGUGCCCCUCCUCGCCGUCCUGGCGGCGCUCGCCGUCGCUGCCAGCGCCGCGGCCGUCGACCCGCAGAAGCCGAGAGGCCAACAGGUCCACCUGUUUGAGGCCACAGUCCGCGUUCCGGGCCACGGCGGCCACGACCUCGAGGAGUACAACUACCGCCUGCUCGCCGAAGUGCUCGGCAGCAUCGAGGCAGCACGGAGCGCGAUGUACGAGACUGAACUUGGGGAAUUCAGCGCGUUUCUCACCAACAAUCAGGCCCGUCGACUAUCAAAAGUCCCAGGGGUGCUCAAAGUCACAAGAAUGGAGGACCCUGCACCGCUUCCGGAGACGGACGGCCAUCUCUAG